CCUCUUUUUGACCUACAACUUUCAUUUUUCUUUUGCAGCGCUGUAAUAUUCCGUUGCGCAGCGAAGAAUUUAUUUAUUUCUUGGUUUCAGAUUGAUUUUAACAUGUGUCUUUUGCUUUUAUUUUUUGUCAUUUUUGCAAAUGUUAGCUGUUAUAGAGAAAGAAUACAAAUUUUGUUGUAUUUGGUUUCGUUUUGUCCUCCAAAGUCAAUAAUAAACUCAUUUUUGCAUAUUCAAUUUUCUCGGCUUCUGUGGAACAUUUCGUUGUGCAGUAAAGAAAUAAUGUAAUUUCUUGUUUUCACAUCAGUUUUACACAUCAAAUUGAGUUCUCUUUGUUGAUAUCUUUUAAUAUUUUGUGUGGCUGCAGUUCAGCCAGAUUGUGUAUCAGCAGACAUUCUUCAAGUGCUAGGUAACCGCUCACUAGUCAUGCUUUCUGCCAUUUUGUGUUUUUGCAUCACGUGGUGCUUAGAUGUAAACAAAAUCGUUUUCCAUCGGAUCGUAUCAUGUGUUACCGAAGACCUAAACAGUGAGAAACAGUUUUUUGUAUCUUUUGCGAAUUGUUGUUAGUCUUUUUCUUGGCGAUGUGUUAGUAUAUAAGUUUAUUUCUUUUCAUUUUUGUCAUCCAGAUUGUUAUCUCGGGUAAAUCGUACAUCCAUGUAAUUCAGUGUUAAGGAAGCAAAUUGUAUGCCGAGCAGUACUCACUACCUGUGAAUAAACGUCAUUUUGGGUUUGAAACUCCUCUGGUGAAGUUACCUAGAAGCAGCCACAAUAACAAUCGUUAACACUGCCGAAAUGUCCGGCAGGGAUGAUACGAGUUUCGGAGGAGAUCCACACAUACCACCAGCAAGUAACAACGAGAAAGUUCUCGAUGGUCCACAUGAAGAAGAUGUAAGGAGGCGUCCCAUGACGACGAAAGGUUGCCAUUACGUAAUGGUUGUGAAGAAAGGUAAUUUGAAGGCAAAGAGGAGUGAGCUGGUGAAGCGAAUGAGAGCUACACUACUGCAAAGAGGUCAGUCAGUUGAACUUUCUAAAUUUAAGAAAGGGUUAAGCGAGGCGCAAGUUAUCUAUGCCGAAUUUAAAGAUAUUGUUGGUGGAAUUAAGGAGUUUGUUAUUCCUGGUGAAAGUUUGGACGAGAUUGAAGGAGUCAUACAAGAAACCGAACAAGAGUGGUCAAGCUUUGAAGCAGACAUCAAAGCAGAAAUUAAACAUCUAGAAAUUGUUGAGCAUCAGAAAAUCGAGUCUAGAUCUGUUGCAUGGAGCUCCAAGAGCUCAAGUCGUGUCUCUUCAAAAGAUAAAGACAGCCUCGAAUCUAAACGCAGUUCCACCAGCAGUGUCAAGACUGAAAAGUUUAAAUUGCGAAAAGAAGAAGCUGCCUUAAAGGCCAAGUUGGCUUUUGCAGAGGAAGAGCGAAAGUUGAAGGUUGAACAAAAGAGGGUUGAGUUAAUGAAAUUAGAACAAGAGCAAAAGUUGGAGGAACUGAGAUUGAAAAGUGAACUUGCUCAAAAUCAAGCUAAGCUUAAUGUUUGCCUAACGGAAGAAAGGGAAGAAAUGAUUGACCUUGAACAGAACCUGGACUUAGUUGCUCCAGUCGAUAAAGAUAAGGAUAUGGAAAAUUUCCUCAAAUCUAUUCCAGUUGUUGGUGACAUUGGACAGACUCCUGUUCAUCAGGAUCCAAUUUACACUGUGUCUCAAGUAGAUGGGGCUCAGACAACACCAAGUCCCCAAAGGUGUAGUGCACUAUGCCCCCAAGCAGCAACCUUCACACCAGGCAGUAGUAUCUUAGAGAAAUGCAUGGAUAAACUAGUGGAAACGAGUAGCAAAUUAGUGGCCGCCACUGUAGAACAGAACCAAGUGAACAGGCAAUUAGCUAUCUCAGGUCAGCUGCCUAAGAUUUCAAUUCCAGUCUUUAAUGGAGAUCCCCUUCAGUAUCCUGCCUGGAACAGUUCCUUUAGUACCCUUAUUGAUUGUAAACCCAUGGAUGCUCAAGCAAAAUUGAACUUCCUAAAUCAAUACCUCUCAGGAAAACCCAAACAAGUUGUUGACCAGUACCUGUUGAUUGGAACUGAUGAGGCUUAUCAGUCUGCUAGGAAAUUGCUGAAAGAAAGAUAUGGUAAUUGCAAUGUUGUUGGCUCAGCUUUCCUAAACAAAGAAGUUAUUUCAAACUGUACAAAUGUUUGUACCAUCCCAGAGCAAGAGAAACGUUCAGAUCAUGCCAUGAUUGUGCCAGUGUGGGUUCGUCACAUAAGUAAACCCAGUCAAGAAGUUUUGCAGUAUGCAGUACUGGAUGACCAGUCUAAUGUGAGUUUUGUGUUGCAGAGUUUAUGUGAGCAGCUGGACUUACAAGGAUCACCUACGGACUUGUUGCUGACAACAGUCCAGGAGCGAAAUGUACACACACCAAGUAGCCGAAUAUGUGGACUUGAAGUGUUGGACUUUAACCGAGAGUAUGCUGUGAAGUUGCCUAUGUUAUUCACACGAGAUUCCAUCCCAGCAAGUAGGUCGCAGAUUCCAAAGGCCAGUGUUGCCCAGGAGUGGGAACAUCUACACCCUAUUGCCGAUAAGCUAAUGCAGUAUGAACCUGAUGUUGAGAUCUCUCUGCUUAUUGGAAACAAUUGCCCAAGUAUUGUGAGGCCCCGAGAACUUGUCGUUGGAAAAGAUGAUGAUCCAUAUGGUCAAAGAUCCGUCAUGGGAUGGGGAAUAGUCGGCAAGGUUUGCAAGUCUACAAAUGAAAGUGACAAGAGUGAAGCAGUGUGCAAUAAAAUAGUUAUCAGUGAAGCCCAUGAACACUUUGCCUUUUCAACCAAGGUAAAGGAAAUUAUCAACCCACAAAGGAUUAUCAAGGUUCUGGAGUCGGACUUUGUAGGUUCUACAAGGAGCAAAUCUUAUUCAGUGGAAGACAAAAGGUUUCUCUCAAUUCUGGAGAACAGUAUUGUAAAGAGAGCAGAUGGUCACUAUGAAAUGCCUCUACCCUUGAAGAUGGAAAGACUGUCUUUAUCAUACAAUCAUCAGCUUGCUGUUAAGAGAUGGCACCAGUUGUUAGCGAGGUUCAAGAAAAAUCCCAAGUUUCUUGAAGAUUACCGAGUGUUCAUGAAGGAUGUGAUUGACCUGUGUGCAGAGAAAGUACCACCAGACCGUCUGAAAGUUCAAGAUGGAAGGAUUAACUACGUGCCCCACACUAGAGUCUAUCAUCCAAGAAAGAAGGACCAAAUCAGAGUGGUCUUUGAUUGUUCUGCACAGUUUGAUGGUUUGCCUUAAUGACCACUU